AUGAAAUAAUUCGAGGAGGGUGUACACCGUGUAACAGUGACCAGUGUGCAUUCCGUUUAGCGCCUUGUUCCAGUUCACCAGUGCGGCAUUUCACUCGUGACCAAGCUUCGUAUAGCACGUUUUUUUUACCUUUAUCUGGAUAUCUUAAUUUUUUCCACAGUUUUUGUUUGGCUGAAAUUUUCUUAGUUUUAUCAACUGGCCUGAAUUUACAAUAACAACAUGACGUCGAUAGUUGUGCUGAUUAUAUCGAUUUUCACCAUCAUAGCUGUUACCGGAGAGGCAGUAGACUUGCAAACCGAUAAGAAUUUGACUGAAGUCACUUCAGAAAUGGAAGGUUGUCCGUAUCUAGAUAAUGCUGAGUAUAAAGUUACCGUGAAGGGUUCGGUAUCAACGUUGAACGGUGGAUGUGGCUUCAUAAACUACAACUCUAGUGACAUAAACCCACAAACAUUUAGCUUAUGGUUCGGAAAUAGAUAUCAUACCGCAAAAAAUUGUCGUGAUAAUGCUAUUGAAUAUUUUCGUUUUUACUGUCUAUCAAAAUCACCCUCACCAUCAGAAGACAUCAGAAAGGGACUAAUGUACAUAAAGCUAUACGAUGAUGCUUUCCACAAGGUGGAAAGACGAAAUCGCAGAUGUGCUGUGUAUGACAAGACCGACGGCAAUGACUACGUCACAACGUUACGGGUGGCGGUUAGCAGUAACGAUUCGUGCGACGGAUUGUUUGACAUACUGGAGCACCCGGAAAAGAUACGUUUGCACAAAAAGGGGGCCAUGUUGCUGAUAUUUAGCAGGAUCAGACCCGACGCACCACUAACACCGGCUGCCACAACAACUACUACUGAAUCAAUACAAUCGAUAUACAAUCAGUACGAGAGACGAGGAUACAGUCUACAGAAUUAUGACAAUCAACCAUAUCUAUUUUGGAAGACCAAGGCUACAGAAAUUCAAGACAGUGACAAAAGAGAACAACAAAUGAGUGAUGCAGAUAGCGGACAUAGUGCAGUUACGGACCUUGAAGGUUAUGAAUAUUUGCAUUCCGAUAUAGAGGACGAAGAUGUGGACGUGAGUACAAUUAAGGAUACAAAUCACAUGCAAGCGCUCGAAGUCGUUGGCGAAAAAAAAUAAUUCAAAAAUGAAACAAGUACUAUAAUAUACUACUAUAUCCAUUUGUAGGCUUAGUGAAAACAAUUACUAAUUUUUUUUUUUUUUAAUAAUUAUAUCGUGCCAUGUAUACCAACAUGUAUACCAUACAUAACAAAUCUAUGCACGUUUUUAUAUUAUAUUCAUAUCUUUAUAAAAUAUUACUACAUUUAACAAUAAACUCUCGUAAAUAAACUAUUAUUAUCCAUUUAUAUGUACCUAUAUUAGUUAUAUAUCCAGAUGUAAUAAGUCCAGUACUAAUACCUAAAUAAUAAAUAAAUAUUCAAUUCUCA